GUAAAGUAGCAAGAACACAGAUUCAGGCAGGGAAGUGGUUGAAUUCGGUCGAAUUUGGUUGCGUCUGUUUUCUGUAGCAGCCACUUUGGCAAAUCCCGGAUGUUUUACUGUCGUCUAAUAAUGUAAUCAGUGGGUAAAAUGAAAAAAAUGAAUUAAAAAAGUUUGCUUUCUGGGACGUAUCAAGCUCGAAGAGAGAAUCACUCCCUGCUCCUCAGCCGUGUGCUCGGGUUUGUCUUUCAAAGUUGUCACUUCAGAUGCAAAAUCCUUAAAAAACGAAAAAGGAAAUGAUUAAAAAAAGAUAAUAAUAAUAAUAACCACUGUACUAUACACGGUAUCUUUUCGGGGGAAACGCAAACCUACGCGACGUGGGACCUCGCAUGUCUCGCCAAAGUCUUCCUGCAACAAUAAUCAUUCUGGGAAAUCCCACUAAGAAAAAAAAACCCGUCUGCAGAAGGGAAAGCUUCAUGAACGAGCCCGUACUCCCGCUCAGAGCUGCUUUUGAUUUGGACGCUAAAUCUUGAGUUUGCUAUAAUGAUUUUUGUUUGUCUGUUUUUGAAGGACUGAGAUGCACUUGGAUGGGUCCAUUAUUAUUUUUCCCUUUCUUUUUUUUCUCAUUGGUGGAAAUGGUAAAAGACAUGAACAUUCACCAUAUCCACUUAUUUAUAAACCAGUGCUGUUUAUUCCAUGAGAAAUAUCAUUACGUUUUUUUUUUUUCUCAUUUCGUUUUUUUGUAGGGAGAAGAAAAAAAUAGAGAUGCGUCGAGGUCUCUAUCUUUACACAAAAUGUAAAAAAAAAAAAUCCAUCCAGUGUUUGAGAAACUUGAAUUUUAUUUAAACUUGAAAAAUGACUUUGCCUUAACUUUUAUACAAGAAAAGCAUAGAGUUUAUUUCUUUUCACAAAAAAAAAUCCCCAAAUGUUAAAGUGUGACACGUGGAAAAUAUUUAGUCGUACUAGACGUCACAAGUCUUACACAGAGAGAGAUAGAUAGAGAGAGAUAGAGAGAUAGAGAGAGAGAGAGAGAGAGAGAGAGUACAAACCUAACAGCAGUUUCUCUCCACUUCGCUUUUUUUUUGUUUGUUUUUUUGUAAAAUGUACGAAAAAGAAUCGUUUUGAUUUUCCUUCUUGUUUAAUCGUUUCAGGUUGUUUUCUUUUUUUGGGGGAAAAAUAUAAACCUUGUAAAUGCAAAACUAGUCAAUACUGUAUUAAAUAUGUGCACUUUGAAGUGUGUGCUUUGCUUGUACAGUUGUAAAUACUCAGAAAAAUAUAAGAGGUACCUUAAAAUGAUUAUAAAAAUAUAUUGAUCUUGUUGAACUAUUAAUGUCGCUAUCGAGCUGGAUGUAGGAUAUAAAAAAAAAAAAAAACUUAAUGUUGUGCUUUUGAAAAUAAUUUUCUUUAACUUUUUUUUUUUAUUUGGGUGUGCGGAGUUUGAAUUCCGCUCCGCUCCGCAGCGUGGGCAGGUUGUCUGAUUGUAAAAAUGUUUUUCUUGUCAGUUGUCUCAUUCCAUAUUUUCCCACCUGUGUGGUCGAUCACACCUGGGAUGUACAGGUGUGACUCCACCCCCUUCCUCGCUGUGCACCAUAAACUUUAUAUGAAGAUGGACGACGCGUCUCCACUUCCUCCUUCCACCCAGAAACGAAGCCAAAAUAUCUUGAAUGCGAACGCCACCAUCUUGCGCCGAACUUGUCAUUUGGGGUCAGUCUGUGCAGUAGCGAACUCGGGAUGGAGCUUCGGUAUCGGGGGCGCUGGACCAAUCGUGAGUCAGUGUCAGCUGUCAGUCAUGAUGUGUCACCUUGUUUUUAUAUCAUCAAAUAGCUAACUAAAACCGGGCUGAUCAGAAACACUUGAACAAGCAUCUGUGAGAUAAGAACGACCUGAAAUAUCAGAAAUCAUCUUUGAGAAAAAUGUAUUGAAGGUGUACUUUUUGUAGUUAUGUACAUGUCCCAUCCACUAACAUGGAGGAGGUGGGGCUAUGCUUGGGCUUCGCCAUUGGGGAGCGUUCUUGUCGUCCAUCUUUAUUUACUGUCGGAACGAGCGUGUGGGGAAAACCACAUUAAUGAACCUUGCAAAGCUGCGUGUCCAACAACGUCCUCUUCAAAGCUCUGGCUUCUUUUCUCUUUGUUUAUGUCGGGGAUUGUUUUAUGUUGUAUAGUUACAAUUUGUUUUUUAUGGCAAUUAUGCAAGAGAAAGCACUACAGUCAGAUUUGUAGUGGUCACUGUACGCAGCAGUAUCACACCGGGUGUUAAAUUCUACUUUUAACUUACAAAAGUAAAUUGAAAAACCUGCAGUUUUUUGAAAAUGAAGGUUUUCCAACAGAAUUGUAAUAAUUGCCGACCGUGACACUAAUACUAAACAUUACAGUGACAACAUAUUCAUGCGUAUACGACUCUACAUUGUAUAAUCAAGCAGCUCGACCGUACGAUAGCUACCGUCAGAAAAUAUUUACUGUCAGGAGAAGAGGAGGCUGAAGUUCAGUCUCAAAUCUCCUCGUCCACCAGCUGUGGCUGAAUGUUUUCCUCAUUGAAAGGCUUUGAUGUUUGCUGCUUUCUGUCCAUGUUACCAGAUGAUUACCUGCUGGAGCCAGGAGGCCGUUAGCUUAGCUUAGCUUAGCUUAGCAUGAAGAACUCACCCGUCUCUGUCCAGAGCCCAAAAACAAAACAUCUCUAGAAUUAGUGUUCUGUGACAGAGGAGGAGUUAAGAAGGCGUCGCUGCACCCACCUGCUUUUCAUCGUAUCAUAAAUCUGUUUUACAUUUCUGUUUGUGAAUGAUGAAACAAAUCAAACAUAACAUGCUCAUUGUUCAGCUUUAGAGACUUUAAGCUCCUGUCCUCAUGCUAAGCUAAGCUAGCCGCACGCCGAACGCGGACAUGAUUCCGACGGGUUGGGUAUCUCGUGAUGAUGCGGCGGCUAAACGCUUCAGAAGUGACGUCAUUGAUGCAAACGUUUUGUUUUUCGCUGAACAAGAUCAACGUUUGUGUUGGAACGUUUUUUGCAAAGACGAGAACUAAACCAAACAAGGCUGUCAAACGAGAAUAAGAACGCGAUCAUACGUUGGAUGCUAACUUUUGGUGAUGGACCGUUUUGGGUUUGAGGUUCCGUGUCCAGGUUUACUUUAGUUUUGAUCGUUUAUCUGUGGGAGAUGUAGUUAUUAUACAUUUUUUGUUCAGUUGUACGUGAACAGUCGGCGGCAUUUGGUUCUUGGUUCCUCGAACCCGAACCCCGGAUCUGAUGCAGGCUCAGUCCAAGUUCUAUUCUGCUGCAGCUGUUGGUCUUGUUUGGGUCGGACGUGUUUUCACUUGGAAUAUGGACAGAAAACCACAGCAGCUUUUCAGCUAAUAAGAGAAAACUGAAAAUUACUUCAGCGUAUCGCUUCCUGUUGGCAGCUGAGAAGAGCGACGGCUGAUGGACACGUCCCAGUUUUGUCUCCUGUCUUUAGACGAGCUUUGCUUCAAGGCGGACGGUGUCAAACUGGAGCACGGCGACGCUCCAGGUGGGAAAUGAUUGGUGGCGACAAAAAUGUUCAGCGGGGCGUCUGGAUUGUAAAACCAUAAAAACAACUUUUGGAAAAGUGAAGUGGAAUUGAAAAGCUCGAUGAGUUAAAGCCUUCCCCCCCCCCACCCGAGUGUCGAUGUGGAAACCGACGAGACGUGUGAUCUGGUAAAAGAAUCCGAAACGUGCUCAGUGUUCAUGUCGUUAACUUGAUUCCCUCUGGUUGAUCGGUUUGACAUUUCUCGUUCGUGUUCGUCAGCUUUUCUCUUUCUGAGAAAUAAAUGUACAAAUAAUUUACUUUAGAUUUUUUAGUUUUGUUGCAGCUGGGGACAGAAGCUCAACUGGAAUCAGUUUUUUUUUUUGUUUUUUUUGUGUGUUGUGUUUUCUGGCACAUACAGAACAGUAACAUGAAUGAUACGUCUGUUUCAACCAUUUGAUCACAUGUGGACAUUUUGAUGUGGCAAAGAAAAACCAAUAACUGUGCCAUUAUACAACUGUUGUUUUUGUCUUGACUGGGCAGUUUGACCUGUACAUAGCUGAGCGCUUUCCAUCUCGGGCUUUUCCCUUUUUUCUUAUUUUUGAAAUUUGAUUUUCAGGUUUCUGAAGUCCCAUCAAAGACUUCUCACAAUGUGACACCUCUGACUGUAGGAGCGGUUUCCGUGCGCUGCAACUUUGGCGGUCGACGCCCGCCGAGGUCGCGGCACCUUGGAACUUUUUGGACGUACACGCAGACGUCGGUUGCAAACGGAGCAUCCCUGAACUGUGAAUGUGUGCAUGUGUGGAAUAAAGUGACAGACGAUGGGAAGGUGACUCUUUUCUGGAGCGCGGCACCUCAGACCUGGAUGGUACCGCUUUGAAAGGGAUCUCUCGACGGCCGCAAGUUCUGCACGCCCGUCCCGUCCCGCCGGCAUUAACACAAACGCUCGGCUGUGGCGUUUUAGAAGAGCUUCUGAUUCUCGUGGACUUCCUUACGGAGCGUCACACGUCAUAUAUAUUAACCUGUCAGUCGCUUCCUGUUCACCUGUUUUUGACAGUGCCAUUGUUCGUUUUGUUUUUUCCACGAGGAUCGCGUCUUGUCGUAAAAAUGGGCCCCUUUGUGGUUGUUGUAUUUUUUUUUUUUUGAAGUUCUAUUAACGAAUGCACACCAAUUGACUGGAACUCUUUAUCAACUCACUGUGGUUUAAGUCAUUAACACUCUUACCCUGCUACGCUAACAGCUGUGGACAAUCGACGACUCCACCGUGUUGGGGUUUGGACAAAUAACUUUGCCUAACGACACCUUUAACACAUGUGGAAUGGAGGUUCCGUUGAAGAGGGCUUUUUGGUUCUCUUUUGUUUUGAUUUGUUUUUUACUUUUGUUUUUUGGGAUCUUUUCUUCCAUCGAGACUGGAAUCAAGCGUACGUGUCAGCUAUAGAUAAUUUAAGUUACUCUUGUGUCAUGAUGUAAAACUGUCUAAUUUGGAGAAAAAAAAAUGUAGCUUACUGAAAAAUAAAGAUUUAGGCACUGUUGAGGAUCCACUGUCUUUUUUUUAUUACACACAGAAACUUAAAUACAACUUUUUCUUUUUUCCUCCCGUCACAUUUCUUACAUUAAACUGAAUUCAGUUUCUUCUUAAGACUUAAAAUGAGGAUUAAUGAACUUUGACCUUAAACAUAAUGAAAAAAAUAAGUUUAUUUACCCAAUCUGUGAAUAAUAACUUUUAUAUGGUAAUAAUGUCAUAGUGAUGUCGUCAUGACAUCAGUUUAGUCUAAACACGCUGCAGAUCCAGCCUCUGAUCUUAUUGAUUGUAAACAUGUCAUGACGUCAUUGAUCGUGUGAUUUUAUACGGUGGAGAAUUAUUUUCUGAUCGAUUUAGAUAAUUUCUCUGGUUUCUUGAUAAAUGUGUUUUUCAGACAUUAGCUGUUGACCUUUGACCUUUGACAGAUCAGCUCUAAACGUUAAAUGUGUAGAAGUGAAACAUGUGGACUCCACACACACACACAGUCAAAUAUCUCCCCUUCAAUCAGGAAACAUCAUUUUCAUGAAACUGACUGAUUGUAAAAUAUCAUAAUUAUUAAAAAACAUGUGGAGCCUCAAGUGUCAGAACCGUGAGGAGCCACAAGAUGGCAGUGUGUUCACAGAGGAGAGAGAACUGAUGGAGGGAGAGUGACAGAGAGAUGGAGAGAGAGAGAGAGAGAGAGAGAGAGAUGGAUUGAGAUGGAGAUGGAGAGAAAGAGAGGUAGAGAUAGAUAGAUGGAUCUGGCGCCCCCUCGUGGUCAUUUCAUCAUUUAAACAUCAGCAGCAGGUUUUGAAUCAAAUCACAGAAACAAGUUGGAUCAAGAUAUAAUUGAUUAAUGGAUUAAUUGAUUAAUUGAUGAAACGUGUCUCUUCUUGUUUCAGGUGUUUUCAGCUGCAGUGAAUUUUACCUUCAGCUGAAUGAAGCUUCACACAGAUAACGAACAGGAACACGGAGGAAUUCACCUCCAAAAUAAAAGCACAACAGUUGUUUGAAAUCACAAUAUGAACACAGUCAAAGCAUGAAAAAAACAUUUGCACAGAAUAUAUAUAAUAUAUAUAUAUAUAUAUAUAUAUAAAGUGUAACAAACUUUAGUCUCAGAAGUGAAUGUCGUUGUUUUGUUGUAAUCUUUGUGAUAAUAUGAUUUUGUCUUUCUCAGUAUCAAAAGUACCAAACAUUUUCCAUGUGUACAAAAUAUUUCCUCAGAUGCAAAACUUAACUUCAAGAGCUGAAAUUCAAUCUAUUUAUUCUUGUUGAUCGUCAAUUAAUUCACGUUGUUUGACUGAAGUUUAAUUUAAUUGUCAGAGAGUAAAAUUGGACCGCACUACAGUGUUUACAUUUAGUUUCCAUUGUACACAUUUAUUUUUUAUUUUAAUUGUUUUUAGUCUUCCAUGUGUUCAUAUUGUAUUUUUUUUAAACUUUGCUGAGUGUGUAUUUCAUGUUUUCCUUUUUGCUGCUUUAGCAAAGUAAAUUUCUAAUAACGUCUUCUCUUCUCUUGUCUUAUUUUAUGUUGGUUUAUCUUAUCUUAUCUUUUAUUAUCUUUUCUUAACUUAGUUUAACUUAUGUUUGUAUUAUCUUAUCUCGGUUUAUCUUAUGUUUGUAUUAUCUUAUCUCAGUUAUCUUAUGUUUGUAUUAUCUUAUCUCGGUUUAUCUUAUGUUUGUAUUAUCUUAUCUCGGUUGAUCUUGUCUUUUUGUCUCUUCCUGGUUGAACGCUGACAUGUUGUGUUAGUUUUGUACUUGGUGAAAUAAAGAGACAGAUAAACAGAAAUAAAACCUGUCCUCUGUGUCUCCCGUGAGCUGGGACAACAUCCGGAACGUUUUGGGCACGGGAAGGGUUUUAUUUUGAAAGAGGGGACCGGAUGAGAGGCGCCAUGUGUCGGGUAACGUGACGCAGGAGGAGGACGAGGAGCUCCGCGCAGACAGCGACACUCACAGAAGCUCUGGCCGAGUUUGGAUGCGUGUUCCUGGGGGCGUUUGAGGAGAAGCGUGGCCUGAGAGAAGAGGGACACGGAGCCGGACAACCGGAGAUUUAAGUCGGUCCCUAACGGCGGAAUGGCGGACCGGGAGCCGGUGCCGCUUCCUGCGGAGGUGCGGGCCAAACUGGCCGAGCUGGAGCUGGAGUUAUCCGAGGGUGACAUCACACAGAAGGGCUAUGAGAAGAAGCGAUCCAAGCUGAUUGGAGCCUACUUCCCUCAAGCACCAGGAAUGGAUCCGUCCAUGGGCCAGGAGAGAAGAGCACCCGUCACCCCGUCCUCGUCCUCCCGCUACCACCGCCGACGGUCUUCUGGCUCCAGAGACGAGCGCUACAGAUCAGAUGUGCACACAGAGGCAGUGCAGGCGGCCUUGGCCAAGCACAAAGAGAGGAAGAUGGCGGUGCCCAUGCCGUCGAAGCGGCGGUCGCUGGUGGUCCAGAGCUCCAUGGAUGCCUACACACCACCAGACACUUCCUCCGGCUCGGAGGGUGAGGGUCAGGGCAACGGCGAGGAAGGAGAAGGAGGAGACGGCGAAGAAGAGGACGGAGGAGGCGGUGGAGGGACGUCGUCCAGCCGAGAGGGGAGCAUCAGCAUGGAGCACUGGAUCAACCGGGCCAUGCACGGCACCUCGUCCACCACGACCACCACCUCGUCCACGGCCUCGUCCUCGUCCUCGUCCACACGCAGCGGCGGGAGCGGAGCAGCCGGCGGCAGGCUGGCUGACGUCCUGGCACAGCAUGUCCACAUCUCCGCCCGCCACCACCUCCGCCACCAUCACCAUCGCCACCACCACAAGACGGAGAACCACUCGGCUCCUCCAGAUGUCACCGGCUACACCAACAACUCGGCCAACAGCACCGCCGCCGAUGGGAUCCAGGUGGAGAGAGCCCCGGGCGGCGGCCCCGCGGUUCAGAGACAGACGCCCAAGUACGGCAACGCCGAGCUGAUGGAGACGGGAGACGGUGUCCCAGUCAGCAGCAGAGUUUCCGCCAAGAUUCAGCAACUCGUCAACACCCUGAAGAGGCCGAAGCGGCCGCCGCUCAGGGAGUUUUUUGUCGACGACUUCGAGGAGCUACUGGAAGUCCAGCAGCCAGACCCCAACCAGCCCAAGGCCGAGGGGGCCCCGAUGGUGGUCAUGAGGGGCGAGCAGCUGGGUGUGGUAACCAACUGGCCCCCGUCCCUGGAGGCGGCCCUGCAGAGGUGGGGCACCAUCUCCCCGAAGGCCCCCUGUCUCACCACCAUGGACACCAAUGGCAAGCCGCUCUACGUGCUGACCUACGGUAAACUGUGGUCCAGAAGUGUGAAGGUGGCCUACAACCUGCUGCACAAGCUGGGAACCAAGCAGGAGCCACUCGUCAGGCCUGGCGACCGGGUGGCGCUGGUGUUCCCGAACAACGACCCUGCUGCCUUCAUGUCGGCGUUCUACGGCUGCCUGCUGGCUGAGGUCGUCCCUGUGCCAAUAGAGGUACCGCUGACCAGGAAGGAUGCCGGCAGUCAGCAGAUUGGAUUUCUGUUGGGCAGCUGUGGAGUGACGGUGGCUCUGACCAGCGACGCCUGCCAUAAAGGGUUACCCAAGAGUCCCACUGGAGAGAUCCCACAGUUCAAAGGCUGGCCUAAGGUGCUGUGGUUCGUCGGUGAGUCCAAACACGUCUCCAAACCACCGCGAGACUGGUUCCCACACAUCAAGGACGCAAACCAGGACACUGCCUACAUCGAGUACAAGACGUGUAAGGACGGCAGCGUCCUGGGUGUGACGGUGAUGAGGAUAGCGAUGCUCACUCACUGCCAGGCCCUCACGCAGUCGUGCUCCUACACAGAAGCUGAGACCAUAGUGAAUGUGUUAGACUUCAAGAAGGACGUCGGGCUGUGGCACGCCGUCCUCACGAGUGUGAUGAACAUGAUGCACGUCAUCAGUAUUCCUUACGCCCUCAUGAAGGUCAACCCUCUGUCCUGGAUCCAAAAGGUCUGCCAGUACAAAGCCAAAGUGGCGUGUGUGAAGUCGCGGGACAUGCACUGGGCUCUGGUGGCCCAUCGGGACCAGCGAGACGUCAACCUGAGCUCCCUGCGCAUGCUGGUGGUGGCUGACGGUUCGAAUCCCUGGUCGAUUUCAUCCUGUGACGCCUUCCUCAACGUCUUCCAGACGAAAGGUUUGAAGCCGGAGGUCAUCUGUCCCUGCGCCAGCUCCCCCGAGGCGCUCACUGUGGCUAUAAGGAGGCCGUUGGAGGAGGGCAGCACCCCCCCUGGUCGUGGCGUGUUGUCCAUGCAGGGUCUGAGUCACGGUGUGAUCCGGGUGGACUCGGAGGAGAAGCUGUCGGUUCUCACGCUGCAGGACGUCGGCUCCGUCAUGCCCGGAGCCAUGAUGUGCGUCGUGAGGCUCGAAGGUGUUCCUCAGCUCUGCAAAACCGAUGAGAUCGGAGAGUUGUGCGUUUGUACUGUUGCCACGGGAACCUCCUAUUACGGCCUGGCUGGCAUGACCAAGAACACCUUUGAGGUUUUCCCCAUGUCCAACAACGGGGCCCCCGUCAGUGAGUUUCCCUUCACCCGGACCGGCCUGCUGGGCUUCAUUGGACCUGGAGGCCUGAUCUUUGCUGCAGGGAAGAUGGACGGUCUGAUGGUGGUCGCGGGGCGUCGGCACAACGCUGACGACAUCGUUGCCACUGCGCUCGCCGUGGAGCCCAUGAAGUUCGUCUACAGGGGACGGAUAGCAGUGUUCUCCAUCACGGUGCUCCAUGACGAGCGGAUCGUGGUCGUGGCUGAGCAGCGGCCGGACUCCACCGAGGAGGACAGCUUCCAGUGGAUGAGCCGAGUUCUGCAGGCGAUAGACGGCAUCCACCAGGUGGGGGUGUACUGCCUGGCUCUGGUGCCCUCCAACACUCUGCCCAAGACUCCCCUGGGUGGCAUCCACCUGUCGGAGACCAAGCAGCUCUUCCUGGAGGGGGCGCUGCACCCGUGCAACGUGCUCAUGUGCCCGCACACCUGCGUCAUCAACCUGCCCAAACCGCGGCAGAAGCAGCCAGAGAUCGGUCCUGCGUCUGUGAUGGUCGGGAACCUGGUCUCGGGGAAGAGGAUCGCUCAGGCCAGCGGCAGAGAUCUGGGUCAGAUCGAAGACAAUGACCAGGCAAGGAAGUUCCUCUUCCUGUCUGAGGUGUUGCAGUGGAGAGCCCAGACCACGCCGGACCACGUCCUGUACACACUGCUCAACUCCAGAGGUACGAUAGCCAGCUCUCUGACUUGCGUCCAGCUGCAUAAGCGAGCAGAGAAGAUCGCCGCCAUGCUGGCUGAACGGGGCCACCUGCAGGACGGAGACCACGUCGCACUGGUCUACCCUCCAGGUAUCGACCUCGUCGUGGCGUUUUACGGCUGCCUUUACGCCGGCUGCGUGCCGAUCACGGUGCGACCGCCUCACCUGCAGAACAUCUCCACCACGCUGCCCACCGUCAAGAUGAUCGUCGAGGUGAGCCGGUCGGUGUGUAUGAUGACCACACAGCUCAUCUCCAAGCUGCUGCGGUCGAAGGAAGCCUCGGCCGCCGUGGACGUCCGGACCUGGCCGCCUGUCCUGGACACAGACGAUUUGCCAAAGAAGAAACCUCCUCUGCUGUAUAAACCGUCCAACCCCGACACCCUGGCCUACCUGGACUUCAGCGUCUCCACCACUGGCAUGCUCGCUGGAGUCAAGAUGUCUCACACAGCCACCAGUGCCUUCUGCCGCUCCAUCAAGCUGCAGUGCGAGCUUUACCCGUCCAGAGAGGUCGCCAUCUGUCUGGACCCCUACUGCGGCCUGGGCUUCGUCCUCUGGUGCCUUUGCAGUGUGUACUCAGGUCACCAGUCCAUCCUGAUCCCUCCCUCCGAGCUGGAGGUGAACCCGGCUCUCUGGCUCUCCGCUGUCAGUCAGUACAAAGUCCGCGACACCUUCUGCUCCUACAGCGUCAUGGAGCUGUGCACCAAAGGCCUGGGCCUGCAGACCGACUCACUGAAGUCUCGAGGCUUGGACUUGUCUCGCGUGAGGACCUGUGUGGUCGUAGCGGAGGAGCGUCCCAGGAUAGCCCUGACGCAGUCCUUCUCCAAGCUCUUCAAGGACCUGGGCCUCCACCCUCGAGCCGUCAGCACUUCCUUCGGCUGCAGGGUCAACCUGGCCAUCUGCCUGCAGCCUCACAGGCUGGGAAAGCUUGCCGACCAGGGCACGUCCGGACCCGACCCCACCACUGUGUUCGUUGACAUGAGAGCGCUGCGGCACGACAGGGUCAGAUUAGUGGAGCGGGGGUCACCACACAGCCUGCCGCUGAUGGAGUCUGGGAAGAUUCUACCGGGGGUCCGAAUCAUCAUCGCCAACCCGGAGACCAAGGGACCAAUGGGGGAGUCACAUCUCGGAGAGAUCUGGGUGCACAGCGGCCACAACGCCAGCGGUUACUUCACCGUGUACGGCGACGAGGCGCUGCAGUCGGACCAUUUCAACUCCAGACUCAGCUUCGGGGACACACAAACCAUCUGGGCUCGAACCGGGUACCUGGGCUUCCUCCGCAGGACCGAACUCACCGACGCCAGCGGAGAGCGUCAUGAUGCCCUGUACGUGGUCGGUGCUUUAGAAGAAGCCAUGGAGCUGAGAGGGAUGCGUUACCACCCCAUCGACAUCGAGACCUCCGUCAUCAGGACGCACAAGAGCAUCACAGAAUGCGCCGUGUUCACGUGGACCAACCUGCUGGUGGUGGUGGUGGAGCUGGACGGCUCGGAGCAGGAGGCGCUGGACCUGGUCCCCCUGGUCACCAACGUGGUGCUGGAGGAGCACUACCUGAUCGUGGGCGUGGUGGUGGUGGUCGACAUCGGCGUCAUCCCCAUCAACUCCCGCGGCGAGAAGCAGCGCAUGCACCUGCGCGAUGGCUUCCUGGCCGACCAGCUGGACCCCAUCUAUGUGGCUUACAACAUGUAGCGACUCCCCCUGGUGGCCGAUGCGGACGUGGACGAAGGAUUAUUUCGUAACAUGCAAAGAUUGUCUGCACCUGAGGCUGAAGAACGGAUAGGAACCGGAGUUUCUGGUGUAAGGGGAGGAAAUAGUUGUUUUUUUUGCCCCAAACUUUGUCUCUCAGGCAACACGUUAUCCCAGCUUAUGUCUCAAGUGGUAAUAUUAGGGUUCAGGUUCAGGUUGGAAGAAGUGAGGUUUGCACUGAGAAGAAAAGCAGCCAACACCUUCCAGGGCUGGAGAGCCGUCGCUCGUUUGUUCCCGCGGCCGCGCGACGAGAUGCAGACGAGGACAAUCGUUAACGUAGCAAAGAUUCUGGCUUUUAAAACUACACGACAACUUUUCUUUGUUUGUUUCUAAAUUUUAGGCUAUUUUUCGAAAAACAUAUUUACAAAAAAAAAACAAAACAAAGGAAACUGUGGCAAAAAUGAUGUUUUACGUUUUUACGGUGUCAACCAUUAGAAAGUGAGAGAUAUGUUUUGAUACGAGGGUCCGAGGGCGUGAAUCAAUGAGGUACUAACAGUUCGUGUCAUGUUGGCUUGUUUUAUUUCUCUCCUCUUUUUUGUAAGUGUUACGUUUUUUUAAGUCAUAAUUAUUUCCUGAACCGUUUCAGCAGGAAAUCAGUUUGCUAACUUUCAUAAACUAACGGCUGCAGCCUUCAACGCCGUUUAUUUUUCCGUACGAACCGGCUUCGACUGAAGCGAAACAACACAUAAAUUCAUAUCAUGUAAGUAUGUACAAAAAGAAACUGAUUUAAUUUAUUUUGUCUCUUUUAGAAGUAUAUGACGAGACGUUCAAGAAUGUUUUGCUCUUGAAUAUUUGCUAAUAUAAAAAAAACCUUGUAUUAUCAUGAGUGAAACACACUCGCAUUAAGCAUUUUAUGGAAAAUAGAAAUAUAUGAUUAUAGAUAAAAAUUCAAAUUCAUUCAUUUCGGACAGAAGCAGCUUCACACUUUUUAUCUGCAUGUUGGUCUGAAAUGUUUGAGUCAGCCGAAAGAAAAGUUUCAUUCCCGUGAAGAGUUCUGAACCAAAGUCGUCUCUCCUCGAAAUUUAACGUCUUUAAAUUUGUAAUCGAUCUGUAUUUUUAUUGGAUUCACAACAUGAAGGCUGAAGCACUUCAUGCAAUUCUACUUUCCAACAGCAGGAGGCAGUAACGGGCUGAAACGCAGCAAGAGGAGCCUUGAAAAAAAUCCUGCUUGUUGGUAAAUUAACGAUUUUAAAUGUGUUUAAAAAAAAUCUAAAUUGUAAAAUGUUUUAUGUGGAAGGAAAUUAAUUUGUUUUCAGGGAAAAACAAAGUUUAAAAAAAGGCACGAAAUACAUAUUUUUGAAUUUAGAGAACAAUUGAUGGGAAUAAUUUGAAGAAGCUAAAAAUGAUAUGCGUACAUAUAGGAUAUUACUGACCUCUAGUGGCGACCAGGGAGACUUACAACAACAUCCUCCUGGUAAGAUUAUCAUCUUGUGUAUUAUACACACGUUUCACUUUGGGUCAGAACUCUUCAGAUAAACAUUCAUUAGGGAACAAACUGAUCUUUAAAAUGUGACGAACAGGAAAGUGAAUCACGACGAGACAAGUUGUAAUUUCUCCGUCAUCACGGGACUGAAACUCCUCGGCAGGAAAACGUGAAUCCCCCCCGACAUGGCAGGAAGUGGAACAGCUGCUACGACUGUAAAUAUCAGAGUCAGACGUCCGUCAUAUUUUUUUACGUGGACGGAUCGGUCAGGGCUCAUUACAGCGACGUCACACCAGGAACAGACUGAACGAAACAGGAAGCGAAGGAGUUCGACCCCAGAGCUGUGGAGGUCAAAGGUCGGAGAAUGUUCAAGUUUCAACAUCAGGAUUUUUUUUUUUUUUUUUAAGAAAAAGCACUUUCUUCAACGUUUUGUUUUUAUCCUUUAAUCGGUGACAUGUUUUUUUUAAAAGGUUUUAAAAAUGUCUUAUUUGAGUUGACAGACGUCUUUCAAUCAAAUAAAUAUUUCAACAAUUUUGACAAUAAA